GCGCGUUCACAGCCCAGCGAAGCCACUGACAUGACAUGGAUGUCCAGCGAAGCCAGCGAUGUCGUGCCAGAGGUGUACGAGGACAGCACCGUGACCUCCGGUCCUCCGACCCAGCGAGAAGUUCUGAAAGAGGAGCCCAACACGGACGAUGAAGUCCCCAGCCGCACGCGGCGCGAGGAGGACAGCGAGGAUGAGGAGCCGCAGUUGACCGGGCACUUCAAGAAGUUCUCUGAGGAGGUCAGGCGCCUCUCUGAGGAGGCCGGGCGGUACGAGGGCUGCGAGCUGGAGGUGAAGACCUACUUCGACCUUCAGGGCUACGACCUGGACAGCUUUGCGUCCCGUGCCCGGAAGCAGCCGGGCGCCCUGUUGAUGAUGUACAUGUUCUACUCCCGCAUCUUCGAAAAGCUGGUGGGAAAGCAGAAGGGGGUGGAGGUGCCUUUCUUCGCACCGGUCAAUUUGGAUGAACGCCUGUUGGGCUUUCGCGCCGUCCUGGAAUGGGCCAAAGAUUUCAAGCUCAUGCCAUCACGUGUUCCGCGAAGACAACUGGAGCGCAUCUUUGUCAGCUGUCAUGGUGGAGACAUGUCAUCGCAGCAGAAGAUCGUGUCAAAAAUUACGUAUCCAGAAUUCCUGACGCUGGUGACCUUUUGCGGGAACACGGGCGAGCCUAUGGAUCUUAGCAGGGUGGAUGGCAGCAUCGCCCGGCAAGCCGAGACGCGCCUGGACCAAGUGAAGCGACUAGCCACUUUCCUCUGCUUGAAGCAUCCAAAGAAGGUGAAGCUGGACCUGCACAACGCCUACCGCGAUGUCCAUUUCUGGAAGCUCAGCGACGGGGCAGACUUCGAGAAGGAGGCCCGAGCAGCGGAGAUGCGGGCCAGGCCCUUCUAUGAGGUGGGCACACUGGAGAUCGACUCGGAGGUGCCAGCGGCGCGGAGAUAUCUGGAGAGGUACACCUGGGCCAACCCAGAUCACAUCUGGGAGGAGUUUGAGGCGCCAUUCCUGGACAUGGGCACUUGUCUCAAGGGCAAGGGCAAGCGCUUCAAGAUGGAGAUCUACAACCGUGGCUUGGUGCUGGCGAGGAUUCAGCUGGAGACGGCGAGCUUGGGGCCGCUCAGCGUGCCCUGGGCGGACUGCAUGCUGGGCCCUGGGCGAAAUGUCACCGUGAUGAUGGAUGCCAUGGCCACUGAGUGUGGCGAAUGGCGAGGUCAGAUACAGAUCAAAGCUGCUUGGGUGGGCAUCUUCGGCGUGAACGAGGAAGAGGCCCGCGUGCCCACCUACCUCUGUGUCAAGGAGGAUUUGUCCGCCGCCUGCCUCCUGCCGGCCCACGCGUGUCGGCCCUUCCGACCGGACAGCGCCAACCGCAUCCGCAUCGACCCCACGAGCUUGCAUGCGCGACAGCUUCGCGCGCCUUCCCCUCACAAAAGGCCCAAUAGCUCCUCCUCGGCGAGCCGCGCGAGCUCGGCCAAGCCGGAGCGCCCGGGCAGCUCGCGCACGGAGAACACCACGGUGCCCGGCUCCCGGCCGCUGAGCGCUUUGGGGCCGCCCAGCUCCCGCUGCACCGGCAGCGCGGUGCCCACGUCGCGCUCGGCGCGGUCCGGCGUGCGCGGCGUGAAGGCCCUGCCCCAGGACGACCCGGACGCCCGGAAGCUGCGGCCUCGCUCCGCACCGUCGGGACCGGGGCUGCCAAAGGUGCCCAAGGCCGAGAAGCGCCCGUCCUCUGCGGCGGAGGUACGCGGGAGCCUUUGAGAAGGCGCUUUAAUACCUCGACUGGAGCGAAGUCAGGAGCCUUCCGCUUCGAAUUCAGUGCUGGUGCACUUGCGCCUCAUGGAGGUGGCUUUGCAAAAUGCCCAUCUCUGCAUUUGAAGGGCGCCUGAAGAAUGUGGA